AUGAUCAAGGAUAUCUCGCAAAAAUCAGAAAAAGAGAAUGAAAAUAUCAAAACUCUUACAGUUGGAUACACCUCGUAUCCCAAGAAUGUUUGCCCUACAACCUGUGCAGUUUGCGGCGAUUCUGCCUCAGGAUAUCAUUACGAGGUGCCUUCUUGCAAUGGUUGUAAAACAUUUUUUCGACGUACUGUGCUUGCUCAACGCAAAUAUGAGUGCAAAAAAGGAGGGAACUGUUUCUCCUCUCUCCCUAAAGAUCGACGCUGCAGCUGUCGAGCAUGCCGAUUCCAGCAAUGCGUAGCAGUGGGAAUGAAUCCUCUGGCUAUACAACUAGUCGGAAAUGCUAAGGAUAAUCAAUUGUUACAAGAAAUAAUCAACAAGAGAAAGUACGCGGACGAUCAGGAGCCGUGCACAUCGAAAGGAGCGAAGCUUUCAUCCUCCUUGUUCACGGUCGAAGAUUCUUUGGAUCGUUUGAUAGAAGGACUUGUUUAUUUAGAAAUCAAGACAGAGAAGUUCCGCAAGUCUGCAUUCAAUCCACAUCCAUUGCACAUUCCUCCACUCGAACAAAUGCUGUCGUCAAGUUCCAUGCUGAACCUGGCAGACAAAAUUGGACCGAUGCCAAAUUGGCCACUACCGAAUAUUCCCGUACCCAGUACUGAUGAAAUCGCUAAAUUUAAACCUGGAAUGCAUCCCCUUCAUUAUGAUGAGCCAGAACGGAAAAACUGGUUUUUCUUCGACAUUAUGAGUUCGAUUGAAUGGGCAAAAGCAAUUCCCGUUCUGCAUAAAUUGAAACGUCGUGAUCAGAUCGUCCUUCUGAAAGCAGUUGUUUUAUUGUGUUUUAAUGUUACGCAAGCAUACUUUUCAUAUGAGCAGAAAUCUUCUAUGGUGAUCCAUCCGGAUGGUACAUCUCCGGGUCUCCUCCCAAGUUUGUUCAUCAAGAACAAUCCGAUGGGAGAAGGCUUCUUCAGAUUGAUUACUGAGCCACUCAUCCGAAAUAAAAUAGAUAAAAAGGAGUACGUUCUGCUGAAAGCCCUCGUACUUUGCAACGCAACUGUGGACGGCCUCUCUCCAGAAGGUCAACGAAUCCUAGCUGCUGAACGUGAUCGCUACAACAGUGCUUUAUUCUCCUACUGUAUGGCCACAAGAGGUGUAGCAGAGGCCCCAGCACAAUACGCGGCAUUGCUGUCACUAAUCGAUACUCUUCAUCACCAGGCAAAAAUCCAGAAGGACUUCCAUCGUCGCACUAAUGAAGGACAGGGAAGCGGAAACGCGGAACAACAAAUGCGUGCUCCGCGCGGCAAACGUGAACAGCCUCCGCUUGCACCGUACUCUAUAACUGUAACACUUCGUGCCCUAAAACUCCGGCGCAUCGUCUGUGAUAUGAGCACAGGCCUUCUUCUCUACACAAGCAUUUCCAGCCGGCUGAGUGUGGUGGACUUGAAUCCGGUUGGAGACCUUUGUCUUAACAUCUCAAGAAUGGGCACUUCAACUACCCAAAAGAGGAUCACGAGCUCUGCCGCUGGUGCGGCGUACUUUAAACCGGCACCAUCGGAGAUUUUAUAUGGACGAAUGCGUUUUCUUAUCACCGAUCGACCCAGUGAUAGCUCAAUUCACGCAUUUAUUGAGGAGCUCGACAAACAUUCGGCACGUGCUGUUGUACGCGUUUGCGAGCCAACAUAUGCGACUAAGCCAUUGCGUGACCAUGGCAUAGAUGUACUUGAUUGGGAGUUUUCGGAUGGUUCCCCUCCACCUCCAGAAGUAAUCCGUGACUGGCUGCAACUCGUGCGUGCUUCCUUCCGUGACCAUCCGGAGCAAUGCAUUGCCGUACAUUGUGUAGCAGGUCUAGGUCGAGCUCCAGUUCUUGUUGCACUUGCAUUAAUAGAAGCUGGUAUGAAGUACGAGGAUGCUGUUGAACUAAUUCGCAGGCAAAGACGGGGUGCUCUAAACCAAAAACAGCUCAAUUUUCUCGAAAAAUAUAAGCCAUCCGGCGAACUUCGGAAGUUUCGAUAUUCUGUUGACGGGAAACAGAAAUCGUGCACUAUAAUGUAG